AUGGAUAACGCUUUAAUAUCAUUUGAAUGUUUUCACUAUAUAAAGAAGCGUAUUUCAGGUAGGAAUGGUAUGAUGGCUCUUAAGCUAGAUAUGUCAAAGGCUUAUGACCGAGUGGAGUGGCCUUUUUUGAGGAGUAUCCUCACUCAUAUGGGUUUUCCUAUGCAUUGGUUUAAUUUAAUUAUGGAUUGUGAAGCAGAAUGUAUCAAAUCCAUUCUGACAACCUACGAACGAGCUUCUGGGCAGGUAAUCAAUUUAGAUAAGUCUUUGUUGUCAGUUAGCCGGAAUGUGCUAGAGAAUUGUUUUAUUGAUUUGCAACAAUUGUUGGGAGUAAAAGCGGUAGAUAGCUAUGACAAAUAUCUGGGGUUACCCACUAUUAUUGGGAAAUCAAAGAGUAGAAUUUUCAGUUUUUUGAAGGAACGGGUGUGGAAGAAACUUAAGGGGUGGAAAGAAAAAACUUUGUCUCGUGCAGGUCGGGAGGUGUUAAUUAAGGCAGUGGCACAAGCCAUCCCAUCCUAUGUUAUGUCAUGUUUUAUCUUACCAGAUGACUUGUGUGAUGAGAUAAAGAUUAUGAUAUCUCGUUUUUAUUGGGGUGGAGAUGUUACUCGUCGUGGUAUUCAUUGGACUAAUUGGAAAACUUUGUGCCAGCCCAAACGUAUAGGGGGUCUUGGCUUUAGAGAUUUUAAAUCUUUUAAUAUGGCCCUUGUGGCUAAGAAUUGGUGGCGCAUUCAGAAUUUCCCGGAAUCACUUUUGGGGCGGCUUUUCAAAGCUGUUUAUUUCCCUUCUGGUAACUUAAUUGAUGCUAAGAAGGGUUAUCGUCCGAGUUAUGCUUGGAGUAGCAUUCUUAAAACUUCAUCUAUGAUCCAGGAAGGUAGUUGUUGGAGGAUUGGUGAUGGUGAACAGGUUCGAAUAUGGAAUGAUAAUUGGCUGCCUAGCGGGCCUCCCAUUAAUUUUCGUCAUGAGGCUGUUGAUGAGCAUCACUGCUCGAAUUUUAUCUAUACCUAUUCGACUGCGAUUGAUUGUCUUUUCUGGUUGGGCACUGCUGAUGGUGUAUACACGGUUAAAACAGGUUAUGGGUGGCUCCAACAGUUGGCUACCCAGAAUUGUCUAUCUUCAUCACAUGAAGUGGGACUUGAACCGGUUCAAUGGGAAAAGUUUUGGAAAGCGCCGAGUUUACCAAGAGUACGAGAAGUAGCGUGGAGAGUGUGUACAGAGUUGAUUCCGGUGCGUGUUAAGCUCCGCCGGUGUGAUGUUGAUGUGCAUCUUUUCCUGAGUUGUAAUGCGAGUCGUGGUUGCUGGUUUGCUAGCAAUUUGGGCUUGAGAUCUUUAUCAGGUAUGAAGAUGGCUGAGUUUAUGGGUUGGGUUGUGACAGAGAUGGAGCUAGAGGUGGUGGCUGAUGUGCAACGGAUAUUGUUUGCUAUGUGGGAGGCCAGGAAUAAGCUGAUUUUUGAGGAGAAACCUUGGUCUAUGGCUUCGGUUUUGGCUCGGGCUGCCGCGCUAGUAUGUGUAAGGCCCAAGUUUUAA